AUGUGGCGCUUGGCCACGCUCUUCUCGCAGAUGCGGCCGUCGCUGGAGGCCAGCGAGUGCGCCGGAGAUGACCUGGUGAGUCAGCUGAGGGCCUGCAGGGAGGAGCUGAAAAAGUUCAUCAACGAGCAGAACUGCGCCCCUAUCCUAAUCCGCCUCGCGUGGCACGACUCGGGCACCUAUGACCAGCGUAUUUCAGAGUUUCCUCAGCGAGGAGGGGCCAACGGGGCCAUUCGCUUCGAGCCAGAGAUGACGAUGGGUGCCAACGCGGGCCUGGACAAGGCGAAGAGAUACCUGGACGCGUUCGCCAAGAAGUACCCCCUGAUCUCCUGGGCAGACCUCAUCCAGCUUGCCUCCGCCACUGCCGUUGAGGUUACGGGUGGGCCUGUCAUCGACAUGGUCUAUGGCCGGGUGGCGGUUGCCGGACCGCAGGACUGUGUGGGCGCCACCUCCCGCGAGGGCUUCGGCGGCAACGCGGGCCUCCCGGACGCCCUCCCCCCCUUCGGCUGCGGAGCGGCCACGCCUGCGGAGCACCUCCGCAACGUCUUCACCAAGAAGAUGGGCUUCAACGACCAGGAGAUCGUGGCCCUAUCGGGUGCGCACACCGUCGGACGUGCCUUCAAGGAGCGCAGUGGUGCUUGUCCCUUCGGCUAUGGCGACGCAAGCGCCUCCAAGCACACAAAGUCCACGUGCACGGUGCGCAAGGACAACGCGGCGGGUGUGGGCAUGGCUGGUGGGUGCCCCUGGACCAAGAACUGGCUUACCUUCGACAACUCCUACUUCAGCCGCUACAAGGACGCCAUGGCUGACGACAACCUGCUCUGGUUCCCGACGGACGAGGCGCUGCACACGGACCCAGGCCUCUUCCGCAUGUUUGGGGGUCUUUCUGGGCACCGACUUGCCCAGGAUUGGGGAAUGCGGGCUAUCAAGUCCGUGCUGGUCGUGGCCGGAGGCGCAGAUGCGACCUUGUCAGAGCAGGCGGUGCUCAUGCGCUCGCUUCGAGACACCAAUGUGGCCAAGAUUGAGGGUGACGACCUGAAGAUCUUCAUGGGUCUGCUGGCAGACCUUUUCCCAGGCAUUGACGUGCCCCGUGCACGCGACUACGAAAUGGAGGAAGUGCUGGUGGACGUUAUGCAGAACGACUACGGCUACACGCAUGAUCCGGAUGGCUACCUCCUGCUGAAGAUCACGCAGCUGAUCGAGUUGUUAGGAAUCCGGCACUGCGUCUUCCUGAUGGGCAACCCGGGCAGCUUCAAGUCUGCCAUGUGGAAGAUUCUGAAGAACGCCAAGACGCGACGUGGUGAGAAGACGACAGUCGUCGACUUCAGCCCAAAGGCCAUCUCCACCAACGAGCUUUAUGGCUUCGUGAACAUGCAGACACGUGAGUGGAAGGACGGCAUCAUCUCCAAGGUCAUGCGUGACCUCGGUCAGAUUCCUGACUCGCAUCCGAAGUGGAUCAUGCUGGAUGGCGACUUGGAUGCCAACUGGAUUGAGUCCAUGAACAGCGUCAUGGACGACAAUCGACUGCUCACCUUGCCAUCCAACGAGCGAAUUCCGCUGAAGGUGCACAUGAAGAUGAUCUUCGAGAUCCGAGACCUGAACUACGCCACGCCGGCCACGGCCACCCGCGCGGGCAUCGUCUGUAUGGACGACACCUUUGGCGUCCAGUGGCGAUCCUACGUCAAGAGCUGGAUCAAGAAGCAGGAGCACCCGGACAACGUCAAGGAGCAGCUUUGGACCUUCUUCGAGAGGUGUGGAGCCAGCACCACGCUCUAG